AUGGAUUAUAAAGAUUAUAAUGAGUGUGAAGAAAAGGUGACAGGAGACCCAACGAAAGUGACGAAGUUCACAAGCGGUGUGCUCCGCCGUCCGCGAAUCCAGGUCGAUGUCAUCCACGCGGUAUAUGCCGAGAGUGAAAGAGAAAGAAUACUUACAACUUGUCAACUUAAUGGAUGGCCUGUAAUCGCAGCUUGCGCUGCUAGAGAAAACCGGAGCCCCAAGAAGGCAUCUCUCAAGGCUGCCAUCGGUGGUAAAACGAGCAGGCUCAAAGUGAAAUCCCCCGACUGA